CGGACCUUAACAGUGUGACACCCAGCGGAAGUAAACAACACAAAGCUCUAGUAGCGUGAGCUGCAUGCACGUGUUGAAUUGUCUGGAAGACGAUAUUAUAGUUGUAGUGCAGAUAAUUAUUUCACUUAUAAUCAAACAACAAUGUCUUCAGUUGAGUAUUUAAGAGAGUUUGUCAACGAGCGACUAACUGCUGCUGCUGAAGAAAUAUUCAGAGUUUUUAAUAAAACCAUUAUCGAGUACGAGGAAGAGAUCGAUCGUCAGCGCAAACUGUUGGAUAUCGUUUGUAAACCUGAAAUAAAGUUACACAGGAUAGAGCUCCCACAGCAACAUGUCUGUAAGGAGGAGGAGGUUCUUGCUGACCAGCAGCUCUGUAUUCAGGAGAGGAACUCCAGUCUGGACCAAGAGGACCCAGAGCCUCCACAGAUUAAAGAGGAAGAGGAGGAACUCUGCAUCAGUCAGGAGGGAGAGCAGCUUGAAGUGAAGCAGGAGACUGAGACCUUUAUGUUGACUCCUACUGAUGAGGAAAGUGACCACAGUGAAGAUCAGACUCUGAACUUUAAUAUUGACGAAAGUCAGAGUGCAGCAGAGACAGAGCUCCCAGCUAGCAUGUGUAUCUGUGUGAUAAAAGUCGAAUCUGACUGGGAAAAUCCUGAAGUAUCAGAACCAAACAGUGACCACCAGCUCCUCUCUCACAACUCUCAUGUAGCUGAGAGCCAAGAUCAGAAAAAAGGCAAGAAUAGAGACUCAGGAUCAACUAGAAAUGCAGAGCCUAAACUAGAAAAAAGACAUUGCAAAAGCAGAAGUCACACUAACAAAGUAUGUAACCCUACUAUGUCAACGAUUAUUUUUAAUUCUCACACAGGUAAAAAGUCUUUCAAAUGUGACACCUGUGAGAAAGCUUUUAAGUAUAAUUCACUAUUGCAGAGACACCUGUUAAAUCACACAGGUGAAAAGCCACACCCUUGCAAGACCUGCGGGAUCAGAUUCUGUGACCUUUCAGUCAUGAAAAGGCAUAUGAGAAUCCACACAGAUGAGAAGCCGUACGCUUGCAAAACAUGUGGGAAAGAUUUCAGACAUAAAAGUACCGUUAACAUGCACAUGAAAAUCCACAGAGGUGAGAAGCUGUACUUGUGCGAGAUCUGCGGAAACAAAUUCAUCAGAGCAUCAACAUUGAAAAUCCACAUGAGAACACACACAGGUGAUAAACCACACCCUUGCAAGACCUGCGGGAUCAGAUUUCGUACACUUUCAAUCAUGAAAAGGCAUAUGUCAAUUCACUCAGGUGAAAAACCACACAUUUGCAUGACCUGCGGGAUCAGAUUCUGUGACCUUUCAGUCAUGAAAGGGCAUAUGAGAAUCCACACAGGUGAGAAGCCGUACACUUGCAAAACAUGUGGGAAAGAUUUCAGACUUAAAGGUACCUUUAACCGCCACAUGAGAAUCCACACAGGCUAGAAGCCGUACGCUUGCAAAACAUGUGGGAAAGAUUUCAGACAUAAAGGUGAAUUUAACCUCCACAUGACAAUCCACACAGGUUAGAAGCCGUACCUUUGCAAGACCUGCGG